AGCAGCUUCCAGUCAGUAACUCACACAGUGAGGGGCAGGAGCACACUCACCACUGCUGCUCCACUCUUAAACACUGGCCACACAGCACACCAGAAGAAAGCGGUGAGUGGCUUCUUUUCGGCCGAAGGAGUAAGAGGACAGAGUAACAGCUGCCGCGCUUGUUGCUAAAACUUCAUCUAAACCAAAAUCCGACCAAAGUGGAAUUGCCUGCAGAGGCGACAUGAACACAUUACCUGCCUGGUGCUGCUGACAGCUAACUCCAGGAGCUGCCCGGGACUUCAUGAAAGAAAAGGGGCAACUGUUGGCAGGAACAAAGUUAUAAAGGGAGGAACAAAAAAAAAACACCAUCAAAAACGCAUUUAUUAAACGAAAAGAGACAACUGCAAUGAACAAACUACAGGCUUUCUCUAAAGCCACCGCUGGACUGCUGUGGAUCUGUUGUGUGUUCCUCGGAAGCGCCGAGGGGAAUUUUGCCGAUCACCACGUCCACUCCAGCUUCAUCUACAGGCGAUUGCGAAACCACGAGAGGAGGGAGAUACAGAGGGAGAUCCUGUCCAUCUUAGGGCUGCCUCACCGGCCCAGGCCCUUCUCGGUGGGGAAGCACAGCUCGUCGGCCCCUCUCUUCAUGCUCGACCUGUACAACGCGAUGUCGAACGACCAGGAGACGGAGCGAGGAGCGGUCCGGGGCUCCCUGCCUUACCGAGCCACUCUCACCACACAGAGUCCGCCCCUCGCCAGCCUGCAUGAUACCAACUUCCUCAACGAUGCCGACAUGGUCAUGAGCUUCGUGAACCUGGUUGAAAGAGACAAGUAUUUUUCUCACCAGCGAAGGCACUACAAGGAAUUCCGAUUUGACCUCACACAGAUUCCUGAAGGCGAGGCAGUAACAGCAGCAGAAUUCCGAAUUUACAAAGAUCGAAGCAACAGUAGAUAUGAAAAUGACACCUUUAGGAUUACUAUAUACCAGGUUCUUAAAGAAUAUUCAAAUAGGGAUGCCGAUCUCUUUCUGCUGGAUGGCAAGAAGGUCCGAGCAUCAGAUGGAGGAUGGCUUGUCUUCGAUAUCACUGCUACCAGCAAUCACUGGGUAGUAAACCCACAGCAUAAUCUGGGCUUGCAACUUUGUGUGGAAAUAAUGGAUGGUCGCACCAUUAAUAUAAGAUCAGCCGGCCUAAUAGGAAGACAUGGCCCACAAUCCAAGCAGCCCUUUAUGGUGGCCUUUUUCAAAGCCAGUGAAGUGCUGUUACGCUCUGUGAGGGCUGCCAGUAAUAAACGGAAAAACCAAAACCGAAACAAAUCCAGUAGCUCUCAAGAUUCCACAAGGUUAUCCAGCCCUGGAGAUUACAACAGCAGUGAACAGAAGCAAGCUUGCAAGAAGCAUGAACUGUACGUGAGUUUUCGGGACUUGGGGUGGCAGGAUUGGAUCAUAGCACCAGAGGGCUAUGCUGCUUUCUACUGUGAUGGGGAGUGUUCUUUCCCACUCAAUGCUCACAUGAACGCCACAAACCAUGCAAUUGUGCAAACACUGGUUCACUUGAUGUUCCCUGACAACGUCCCCAAACCUUGCUGUGCACCAACUAAGCUAAACGCAAUCUCUGUGUUGUACUUUGAUGACAGUUCAAAUGUAAUAUUAAAGAAAUAUAGAAACAUGGUGGUAAGAUCAUGUGGUUGCCACUAGCCUGGAAAUUCAAAGGGAAAGAGGGACCCAAUUAAAAGUACAACCUUUAAACCACCCUUAAACUUUUACUAAGUGAUUCCAAAUUGGGUUUGAAGGUGCUUCAUGUACAGUAUUAUGUAUAUAGUACUCAUUGUGCCUAUAAUUUAUUUCUUUCAAUUUAACUACUUUACUACAGGAAAACUAAAACAGAUGUUCUCAGCCCUUUCUGGUAGUGCACAAAAACAACUGUGGUUGACUAAAUAUUUAUUCAAUAGAGCUGAAAACUGGUACAUUUUUAGACAAAGCUUUCCUUUAUGAUACAAACAUUGCGAAGGUGGUAAAUGGUUUAUUAACUUAUCUGAUUUCCUGCUAUAUAUAUUUUUUUUAAAACAGAGGGAUUUAAAAAUAUUUUUACACACUUCAUCUCUUUCUUAAACUGUACUAUAUGAAACAUUGGAGAUUAAAAAGUUGUCGAA